AUGAGCCGCAAUGGCGAGCUUUGCCUCAAAAAGGUGAUAAUUUCUUAUUGCCCCAGCAACGGGGCCCCAAACACACGACAGUUUCUUGCCACUCACCUGCCCCACUUCCAUGCGAAGUACCCAAGCGUUAGCAUUGAUCUCCGGCCGCGUCUGUGGCCAGAGAUGGCCAUCACCGGAGUGUAUCGUGACGGAAGUGAGCGUAGUUACAACACAAAGAAUUUGAGCCCGAUGGGAAUAUUCCUACGACUGAACAAUCUUGUGAGCACCGCUAACGACUACGAUCAGCCUUUCUGUGCUUCGCAUUUGCACUUCCAGCGACGCUCUGUGCAGGGGACGUGGAAUCCGUGGUUGUGGAACUAUGAAACGGAGCGCCGCCGUACGGAGGCACCACAGUGGCGACGGAAGCUCUCGGAAAAGGAGUGGGACUAUUAUGUCGGGCAGUAUAGCGCUCAGAUGAAGCAGGAGGAGGAUGAAAUCCAACGCAGGGUUGCGGAUCGCACAUGCGUACAGGAGCAGAGCACACGAGAGGUGCAAGAACGUUGGAAACGACACGUGGUGCCCAGGAUGCAAACUGAUUUGGAGUUUAAUCUUUCCCACUUCAAGCGACAGCACGCCCGAGGGCAGCUUCAGCAACGUCCGGUGACAAUGGGUGAGUACCGUUUGUUCUCUGUUCCUGACCCACGAGAGCUCGGGCAGGAUGCUGUCGACACGAUGAGGAGAAGGGAAUCACAUAACAUGGAAGUUUGGUGGCGAAAACGAAAGGAACAAUUAAAGCCCCCCUAG